UACGUACGACGGUAGCCAUUUGUAGCCUGCGUGCAGGGCAUAAACCUAUGAGCCUGUCUUGUCCAUGCCUGAAGUAGACAAGAUGGCCUUCGCGGGAGAUGCGUCAUGGCCGAGCUCACCAACGCCGCCGCAGCCGCUGUGGUUCGCAGUCCUCGUGGCCCUUGGCCUCUGCGUCGUCGUGAAGUCCGUGGUGACUUUCGUCACGUGGCUCCACCGCGCGUUCCUCCGGCCGGGCAGGGACCUUGCCCGCCGCUACGGCGCGUGGGCGGUGGUGACCGGCGCCACGGACGGCAUCGGCCGCGCGCUGGCGCUCGAGCUCGCGCGCCGGGGGCUCCACCUCAUCCUCGUUGGCCGCAACCCGGAAAAGCUGGCCCGGGUCACUAAGGAAAUCCAGGCCACCGAGCCGUCGUGCAAGGUGCGAAGCGUGGUGUUCGACCUCGCGGCCGGAGACGCGUUGGAGAUGGCUCGCGGCGUGGCGCGCGUGGCCGCGGCGGUGGAGGGGCGGGACGUGGGGCUCCUCGUGAACAACGCCGGCGCGACGUACCCGUGCGCGGCUUACUUCCAAGAGGUGGAGGGACGAGUCUGGGAGCCAGUGGUGCGGGUGAACAUCGAAGCGGCGACACGGAUCACGCGCGCCGUCGUGCCGGAGAUGGCGGCCAGGGGGAGGGGCGCCGUCGUGAACGUGGGGUCCGGUUCGUCCGUAGUGGUGCCGGCGUUCCCUCUCUACGCCGUCUACGCUGCAAGCAAAGCGUACAUUGAUCAAUUUUCUCGAAGCCUGAGUGUUGAAUACAAACAAUACGGAGUAGACGUGCAAUGUCAGAUUCCCUUGUAUGUAGCUACCAAGAUGUCCCCUGUCAAGGGUGACUCUCCAUUCAUACCGUCACCCGAGGAGUACGCUAAAGCUGCGGUUCGUUCCAUUGGCUAUGAGUCGAGGUGCGUCCCAUACUGGCGCCAUUCAGUCCAGUGGUUCUUCGCAUCUCAAGUGCCCGAUUCUGCUCUGAAUCAAUGGCGCCUCCAAAUUGGCAUCCGGAAAAGAAACGAGAUGAUGGUGAUACUCAGAGAAAAGGGCUCCAGUUAAACUAUUGUAAAUAUAGUAAAUGAAGUGAUGGGUUUAAACUUGACCUGUGGUGUGAAUUCUGGUAAAAUUUGGUGUUUCGUCCUGCAAGCAGUACUUACAAUCCAUUGGCCUAUUAUGUUAAUAUUAUGUUGGAGGUUGAGCGAAAGAAACUGUCGUGUAGUAUUCGUGAUUUCCCUGAAAUGUAAAAUGUUGCUACAUGGAUCUUUUUGGGCUAAGUGACAUUGAUUUGGUAAUUGCACAAUUUAUAUAU